AUGACCGGUCGGUUGAAGAAUAGAAAACACGGAGGGACGAUCAGGACGAUGAAUCAUCACGAAGAGACAAGAAGAACGGGCAGAAAAGGAAUAGGAGAAGAAGAAGUAAGCAUGGAGAACAUUAAAACCUUGUAUCAUAUAUUCUCUAGUGCAGAUAGGAAUUAUAAGGAUGGGGGGAAUAGAGAAAAAUCUGAUAAGGGUAUCCAUGGCUUGAAGGCUUCUUCGCAGAAUGAAGGCGCAAUGAUGGUGUCCCCAAGGAGUAACAAAAAUGAUUCAUCUAAAGAGGAAGUUAAUGGUACAAAGAGAGCAAAUGAAGAAAAAGAAUUUUUAAACCGCUUGGAUUUUUCGAACCCUUUUGGACAGUACAGCUGUUUCCAUCCAACAGAUGUAGAAAAGAGAAAAAAGAAAAAAGACAAUCUCCCAUUCCAGCAGAGUGUUGAAGUCACUCAGGAUUGGGACGCUUUACAACGAGUCGAUAAUCUGCUCUGUGACUCUUCCGAAAAAGAAGAGACAAUUCAGAGAGUUGAAUUUUUUUAUAAUUUCAAAGGGAAGAUGCAAAGAGGGGGUAGUCACUUGAAGUAUCACAACGUCGGUGAGAGGAAGGAUAUAUCUUCCGGUCCAACCGAAGGGAAAAAAUCUGAAGAAUCGCAACGAAGGCAACCUUACAGGGGUGAAACAACCCAUUUGAGAAGGGACGAAAAUCCAAGCCAUAGUAACCAAACUGGAGUAGUAAGAAAAAACGGUUUUGUAAACACAUCAAAUGGUACCUCCAUCUAUGAUGCGCUUAUCUCUAUGUCUAGACAAAUGGAAAAUGAAAGCACCCAUUUUGAUAAAUCAUUUGAUCGGAACAACGACGUACAUAAGCUCCUUGACCUUGAACACAAGCAGAGUAACCACGAGAGGAAAGAACCCCUGGGGGGGGCUAAAAUAACUCCACUAAAUUGGGAUCGAAACUAUAGUGCACUUAAUCAUUUACAGGUCGAUAAGUCUGAGGAGGAGGUAGAAAUAUCAAAGGGAGAAUCAUCCAUGAAAACGGUUCUGCCCCCAAAGAGGGACAUUCUCAAAUGUAACGAAAAGAAUGUGAACGUCGAACGGGAGGAGAACCCAUUUUUAAAAUUAAUUGAAGAGGAAAAUAGCCCAGAUGAGGUCCCUCUUUUUGAGGACCACUCCUACAUGGAAGAUCUCACAUCUGCCAUCUUCAAUUCCCAUGCGAAUACAAAUAAUGAGAAAGACAAGAAGAACCUCCUAGGGGAAAGCAUUCUAAAAAGGAGUGUCCCAAUCCAAAUGGAUGAUUUGCAAACCCGUGAUGUGUCCUCACUUGAGAAUGAAAAUAUCUUUGGUGAGUUGACCAACUGCAAUGCGAUGGAGAGAGGUGGGCAAGUAGAUGUGGAGGCAGUUCGAUUUACCAAAGAAUUGCCCAUUUCGGGGAGAUCUCUCCUCGAGGGAGAGUUCCAAAGUAAUUUGUUCCACGUGGAUGGCGAUCAUUCUUCUGGGAGGAAAACAAAAGGAGGAAGAUUACACAUGAGGGCUGGCACUAAAGAUGAACAGACCUACAUAGACGAUGAAGAUUUUAUAGGAAGAGACAACAAAGUAGACAUUCCUAAUCAGUGGGGUAAUUCCCCUAAGAUGGAUAUUUUUCAAAUGGUCAAUAGGAAAAGAGGAGACAACACCCCAGAUGGAAAUCACAUGAAGGUGAAUUCUUCAAUGGGAAGAAUAAAGUUACAUGAAGAAUUGAUAAACCUGAGUGAUGGUUCUACCUCGGAGAUGGGUUGGACAUGCAAAGAGACACCUUAUCAUGUAGAACCCAAUGUGGGUUGGCUCUCCAUGGAGAAAGAAUAUCCCGUCAAUCCAUUCAAUAUGAUUGGAGAAGAAAAGAGGGAGGGUUCUAAGAAACUUCCUUUGGAAAAAUACGACUUUUUUCAUUUCGAACCGGAUAUGGAGGUAGUAGAUGCACCACAAAGGGGAAGCCUCGACAGUGUUGAAGAUAUUUCUAAUCGAAUGACAAGGCAUGAAGAUGAAACGACAAAAGGAGUAUCUCAUGUGGGAUUAUUCACAGAUAUGCCACAUGAAAGGAAUAUCAAAAUCAAGGAAAAAAAAAAGAAGGAGAAAGAGGAAGACGCACUAGCCUAUGACGACCAGUACAUAACUGAGCAGAGGAUGAUGGAAGAGGAUGGACCGAUGGAAGACGAAUGUAGCUCGUUCUUAGAUAUUAUUGAUGAGAUUGUUAACAUUAGCAAAGAUAUAAUAGGAACGAAUCAGAACGAGGAUGGCGUUGUGGAAAUUCUACAGAAAAAUUCAAACGAGUGUAUAGACAGCUCACAAAUUGGGGAAUACCAUCCAGAAGGGAACCUUGCUGGUGAUCUCCAUAUGGGGUUCCAUCUCGAUGUAGAUGUCGGAUCAGUGGUAGAACCAUAUCACGAGUCAACCUACGCAGGUGUUUAUAAGGACUCACCUGAGCAUAAAAUUGUCGACGAUGUGUAUUUCCACUUUGAUCAAUUGAGCGAGUCGUGCAAGAAGAGGGAGGAAGACUGUGACGAGGUGAUAAAGGCAAAGGAAGGAAAAAACUCCAUCGAUGGGAUAGUUCAGGAGAAUCUGUACAGUGUUGAUGUGAAUGUUUUACAGGUGGAAGACAUACAUUGGAUAAACAGGUCGGAUGAAAGAGAAGGUGACACCAGUGGGAUCUACGAAGAGAAACCACAAGAGAGCCUCACUUGUGAGGCAACCGCAGAAGGAGCAGACCUCCCUACUAUACAGCUGUGCGAGGAACUAUACCGUGUGUUGAUCUGUAGAAACUAUUUGGAGGCACUCCCUGUGUUGCUUACACAGGAGGGAGGAAAGCGAGCCGAUUGGAACCCCAUAAACGGAACAUUCCAUUGUGAUGGAGGUAAUUAUCCAAGUGACAGGUUAUUCCGCGGUAACAUAAAUCUGAUAACCUUCCAGAACUACCUGCGCAGAGCCAAAAAAAUGAACAAACGAGGUUUCAACGAAAUGUACGACUACACAGAUUACGUCUACACACACAUCAGAAGAAUCUUGCGCAUGGAUAUAACGCGCUUUUUUUUCAUAAGCAAUUAUUUGGAGAAUAUGAACAGAUACAUAAUUAAAAAAAACAGACUCAUCAAUGACCUAACGAAUGCCCAGAACUUCGUGAACGAUUUUUUACAGAAGAAGGAAAACGUUAUUACACAGAAGCGCUUUUGUAAUGACAUAACCUACCCGAUGUACUUUUUAAUUUUCACCAAUCUGUUAGUAACCCUGUGGCAUACAUCCCUGUGUCAUUUGGAUGAAGCCAACUGGAGCCGACUGAUCCACCUCCUAAUCAGGUGUCUCCGCAAGAAGAGAACUAUUCACAUAUUAAGAAGGAGCUACUCCCAUCUGUCUCGCAUUUAUCGGUACCUUACCAAACAUGCACUUGAUGAGAAGGGAAAGAAAAAAAUAAUUCGGAUUGUUAAAAGGAGCAAAAGUUUCAAGGAGGCUCAGAAGAACGUACAUACUAUCAACACCUUCUGUUUUUAUGUUCUAAUUAUUUUCCUCCCCCUGUCGGUACCUCCAUUUGGCAAGGAUCUGAACACGCGUGACUACUUCCUGCACUGCUUUUUGAGAAGCAUGAACAAGGUCGUUUUGAGAUACGCCAAGGAUCACACGAACGACGGAUUGACCGUUUCCCCCAGGGGGAAGGAGCGCGGCGAAGCUGAACACAACCAUUCAGAUGGACCACACCAUUCAAGGGGGUCACAUCGUACAAAGGAGAACCCUCCACACACUCAUGCCCUCCCCUCGCAAAGCCGCACAAGCGAAAACAUGCGCAAUGUAGUGCGGAAGGCUGUGAAAAGCUCGCAGAAGAACAUCUGCCUCUUGAAGAUGCAGAGCCUUGCGCAGGUGUUCCGGUUCUCUUUCGAAGAUGCCCCUCUGGGGGGUAGACCGAAAAGGGGAAGUACCAGGAGCAAUCCAAACAGGAAUCCAAAGCGCCAACCAAAGAACCUCUCAGACACCAUGCGGGACAUACACAUAAGCGCGAGAAUCGAGCAGAUCGAGAAGGAAUUGAUUGCCUACCUCAGUGCAAAUGCCCAUUUCUACGACACCUUUUUUAACAUCAUAGCUCCUAUGUUGAAUGACCUAACAAUUCUUUUAGACAACCUCGAGGCUAUCUUUGCUCUGUACGUAAAGCACAAAGUGUGGAAGAGCAAGAAGUUGCUUUUUUUUCGUAACCCCUGGUUGUGUGGUUACGACGUUUUCCUGUCCUUCAAUCAUUUAGGAGGAUCAGCUCCCAAUCAAGAACAGAAGAAUGGAAUAGCCACAGUCACUAAUCGUCUGGCGGAUAGCUUAUCCGAUGAUUCAUCUGACAACCUACCAUCAGACUUAGCAACCUACAUGGCGCAACAGGACAAUGAGCUCGUGCAGGACGACCUGGUCACACUCUACGAUGUUAGGAGGCUUAAGAAAAUGCUUCUCCUGGGGGGUAGGAAAAAGGGUAAAUCCCGCAGAAAUACAGAUGGAAGUAACAGAAGAAGAUACUACAAACAGAAGAACCUCGCAGAUGGGGACCGACCAAAUAAAGCCAAGUUAAAGAUGUACUAUUCUUACAUUUUAAAGUUAUGCCAAGAUGAGCGGUAUAAAGAAAUAAACACGAGGGCUUUGAAGUGUCUAUUCUACAGUUUUUAUUUUAGUUGA